AUGCUCUUCAUCGCCCCCCACGAUCAUCACGACUGUGACAACGGCUCCAGAUCGGCAUCAGAACCGCUUGAUUUCAUCAACAUCUACUAUCAGAAUGUCGGUGGUAUCAAUUCCUGCGUGACUGAUUAUCUGCUUGCUACUUCAUGUUCCUGCUACGAUAUUAUCACCUUUACCGAAACAUGGUUGAACGAUCACACUCUCUCCAACCAGAUCUUCGGAUCCGAUUAUUCAGUGUUCCGCUGCGAUCGAAGCUCCCGUAACAGCAGAAAGGCCACAGGUGGUGGGGUGUUACUCGCCGUAAGGUCCAAUUUCAGAGCCAUGCCAAUCGAUGAUGAAUCUUGGCAUAAUCUUGAGAUGGUGUGGUCCCGCAUCGAACUCGGCGACCGGAAGCUUUACGUUGGCGUACUAUAUUUGCCUCCUGAUCGCUCGAGAGACGUGACCUUAGCUGAAUCAUUCUCUAGUUGCAUUUCUAAAAUAAGCUCUUUCUGCGCUCCAGAAGAUGACAUAAUCGUCUUAGGCGAUUUUAACAUGCCAGGUAUAAAGUGGUGUUCCAGCCAAGCUAGCUUCCUGUAUCCCGAUCCUGAACGCUCCACUUUUUCGGCUUCCUCGAACAUUAUUCUAGACUCUUUGAGUACAGCAACCUUACGUCAGAUCAACAGUGUUGUAAACGAGAACGGCCGGAUGCUUGAUCUUUGCUUUGCCAAUGACGGAUUCCGUUUACCAACUAUCGAAUCAGCACCGGCACCGCUAGUUAAAGUAGGCCCACAUCACCCGGCUUUACUGGUUACAAUUAAUAUCUCUAGAUUGUGUAACCCCGCUGAUAAACUCACACCCUUCUACUUGGACUAUAAAAACGCCGAUUUCGAUAUCAUUUCUCGCGUACUGGCCACUAUAGACUGGGAAUCCGAACUCGAACUAGCUAACCCUAAUGCUGCAGCCGAAACUUUCUCGCACAUCCUCAACUACGUAAUCGACCGUCAUGUGCCGAAACGCACCGCCAAUGCUAAUCCUCGGACUCCAUGGGCUACAGCAGCUUUACGACAACUGAAAGCGACAAAAAGGCGUGCCCUUCGAAAUUUCAACAAGCACAAAUCGCCGCAUACCAAGGAAGAAUAUCGCAAACUCAACUCCGCCUAUAAAAAAGCCUGCCAACGUAGCUAUCAAAACCAUCUUCGUCGAAUUCAGCAAAAUCUCAAGACUAGCCCAAAAUCCUUCUGGAAUCACGUUAAAAAUCAGCGGAAUGAGCCUGGAACACCGUCCUGCAUGUUCUUAGAUGGCAUCAUGGCGAACUCUGACUCCGGAAUCUGCGAUCUCUUUGCCAAUAAAUUCUCGAGCAUCUUUGAUACAUCUUCAAUAACCGACGACCAACUGAAUCGCGCCAUCAGGAGUGUUUCACCACUGGGCUUUUCUUUAAACGGUAUAACAGUCGAGGACACAAUCAUCUCUAAAGCAGCCACUAAGCUCAAAAACUCCUUCUCUACGGGCCCGGAUGGGAUACCAGCUACCUUCCUGAAGCGUUUUAUGCCUUCUUUGCUGACUCCUAUCAGGCUUAUCUUCCAAGCAGGCUUCGGACGCAUCCUGAGGCGCGACUCAUAA